ACUUCACUCUACUUUUGAUUACCAUUAGUACAACAAUGUUGAACAGAAUAUCUUGCUUCUUCAUCUUAAUACUUGGCUUCAUUUACACCGUUGCACUUGAUGUCAAUGAACCAUUACCACCUACUCUUCCGGCGAUAAAAAAGAACGAAGAUAAUAUUUUUGAUGUUGAAAGUAUUAUAUCAAGUUAUCUGGAAGACUGCUAUCAUACAGAAUAUACAUCGGAAAAGAAUAACAUUCAUAUCGUAACAAUCACCCCAACAGAAGCGGAAGAAACCAUAGAAGAGACAAGAAAACAAGAAGAACAACAUGCCGAAAAAACUGAUGACGAAGUCAAACCGACGGAGACCACAACAGAAGAAAUAGUCGAGACGACAACUCAUGACGAAGUCGAACCGACGGAGACCACAACAGAAGAAAUAGUCGAGACGACAACUCAUGCGACAGUCGCACCAACGGAGACCACAACAGAAGAAAUAGUCGAGACAACAACUCAUGACGAAGUCGAACCGACGGAGACCACAACAGAAGAAAUAGUCGAGACAACAUCUCAUCUGACUACCUCCAAACCCUCAAAAGAAGAUGUUGGAGAUUUUGUAGCUGAUGGAAUAUUUGGACCGGAUUUCAUCAUUGAGGAAUCUAUUCUGUUACCGGAAAUCAUACCACCUACUCUUCCGGCGAUAAAAAAGAACGAAGAUAAUAUUUUCGAUGUUGAAAGUAUUAUAUCAAGUUAUCUGGAAGACUGCUAUCAUACAACGACAGUCACACCGAUUGAGAUCACAACAGAAGAAAUGGUCGAGAUGACAUCUAAAGCCAGCAAGUCGAAAUACACAAAAGAAGAUAUAGAUGGUUAUGUAGCUGAUGGAGUAAUUGAAACCAAGAAAGCAACAAAAAAAGACGAAGUCAAACCGACCGAGACCACAACAGAAGAAAUAAUCCAGACGACAACUGAUGACGAAGUCAAACCGACCGAGACCACAACAGAAGAAAUAAUCCAGACGACAACUGAUGACGAAGUCAAACCGACCGAGACCACAACAGAAGAAAUAAUCCAGACGACAACUGAUGACGAAGUCAAACCGACCGAGACCACAACAGAAGAAAUAAUCCAGACGACAACUGAUGACGAAGUCAAACCGACCGAGACCACAACAGAAGAAAUAAUCCAGACGACAACUGAUGACGAAGUCAAACCGACCGAGACCACAACAGAAGAAAUAAUCCAGACGACAACUGAUGACGAAGUCAAACCGACCGAGACCACAACAGAAGAAAUAAUCCAGACAACAACUGAUGACGAAGUCAAACCGACCGAGACCACAACAGAAGAAAUAAUCCAGACGACAACUGAUGACGAAGUCAAACCGACCGAGACCACAACAGAAGAAAUAAUCCAGACAACAACUGAUGACGAAGUCAAACCGACCGAGACCACAACAGAAGAAAUAAUCCAGACGACAACUGAUGACGAAGUCAAACCGACCGAGACCACAACAGAAGAAAUAAUCCAGACGACAACUGAUGACGAAGUCAAACCGACCGAGACCACAACAGAAGAAAUAAUCCAGACAACAACUGAUGACGAAGUCAAACCGACCGAGACCACAACAGAAGAAAUAAUCCAGACGACAACUGAUGACGAAGUCAAACCGACCGAGACCACAACAGAAGAAAUAAUCCAGACAACAACUGAUGACGAAGUCAAACCGACCGAGACCACAACAGAAGAAAUAAUCCAGACGACAACUGAUGACGAAGUCAAACCGACCGAGACCACAACAGAAGAAAUAAUCCAGACGACAACUGAUGACGAAGUCAAACCGACCGAGACCACAACAGAAGAAAUAAUCCAGACGACAACUGAUGACGAAUUCUAUCCGAAGAAGACCACAACACAGAAAAUACUCAAGACGACAACUGAUGACGAAUUCUAUCCGAAGAAGACCACAACACAGAAAAUACUCAAGACGACAACUGAUGACGAAUUCUAUCCGAAGAAGACCACAACACAGAAAAUACUCAAGACGACAACUGAUGACGAAUUCUAUCCGAAGAAGACCACAACACAGAAAAUACUCAAGACGACAACUGAUGACGAAUUCUAUCCGAAGAAGACCACAACACAGAAAAUACUCAAGACGACAACUGAUGACGAAUUCUAUCCGAAGAAGACCACAACACAGAAAAUACUCAAGACGACAACUGAUGACGAAUUCUAUCCGAAGAAGACCACAACACAGAAAAUACUCAAGACGACAACUGAUGACGAAUUCUAUCCGAAGAAGACCACAACACAGAAAAUACUCAAGACGACAACUGAUGACGAAUUCUAUCCGAAGAAGACCACAACACAGAAAAUACUCAAGACGACAACUGAUGGCAAGACGCAUCUCAUUGGAACGGAUAAUCCUAAAGAAAAUAUGUCAGUAGCUCCUGGAAUAUCAUCAGCUGCAUUCAACUGGCCUAUUAUUGUUACAGCAUUGUUGCUAAUAGUUUUCUUAAUAUUUUGUAUUGCCUUCUUUUACAAAAUGUGUUGCUGCUGCUGAUGAUGAUGAUUUCUGUACGCUUUUCCGCGUGUCGAUUUAUUAGUUUUCUUCUGUUUCAUUUUUUACUGUCUGUCAUUAACUUUUUCUGAAUUAUUUUCAUGUUUUUUUUUUGUACAUGUUUAACACUUUACUCUCCUACUCUAUACCUCAUCUUCAACGAAGUAUUUGUGCAGAUCUUCAGUGUCCUUCUUUCGUAUUCUUUUUCUUUGUGUUUUCCUUUCACAUCUCCUUCACAUCUCUCUACAACACUGAGAAGGAUUUACUCUUCCCCUGAAGUCAUAUCUAUCUUCUAGCUAUUCGAUAUGUGUUUUAUGUUUGAUGAACGUCUGUAUUUCUAUACUACUUAUUGUUAAAUUUUAUCAGUAGCAUAUGCCACAGACUGUCUAUGCUUUUUUAAUUCUAUUUCUUUUUUUUUCUUACUUCUCUGUCAGAUUUCCUUUGUACUGGCUUUCAUAUUUGCUUUUUUUAAUAAAUGUCUUUAUAUUGGAAGCCUUUUUCUCUACUCCUGGAUUGCAUAUUUAUAUGAAUGAGGAUAAUAAUACCAGUUUUUAUUAUU